GGGAUGUAUCCGUACGAGCCUAGCAUCAUCGCGGCACUCAUCGCUGCCGGUGUUUUCGGCCUCAGCGCAGCCCUGCACACGUUUGUCGUGGCCAAGAAGAAGACUUGGUUCUACAGCUGUCUCAUCGUCGGUGCUUGGAUGAUGACCGCCGGCUAUGUCUUCCGAAUCCUCUCGUCUAAGAGCCCUAACGAGAUGAUUCUGUACAUCAUGCAGUCACUGUUCAUCAUCCUCCCGCCAUCCCUGUAUGCAGCCACCAUAUACAUGAUCUAUGGCCGGAUCGCCCUGUUCGUGCGAUGCCCGCAGGCAUCCCUCAUCUCCCCCCACAAGAUCACCAAAAUCUUCGUCGUUGGCGACUUAUUCGCCUUCCUCCUCCAGGCAUCCGGCGGAGGCAUGAUGGCUAUGGCCAGCCUCGCCGACAUAGGCCAGAAGAUUGUCCUCGUCGGUCUUUUCAUCCAGAUCAUAUUCUUUGGCCUCUUCCUUAUCGUCUCCAUCAUCUUCCUCAAGCGUAUGGCCGUCCCGGGUGCCGGUAACCCCAUUUCCCGCGGCAAGCGGAGCUGGCAGGCCCUUUUCAUAAUCCUGCUGGUGGCCUCGGCAGUCAUUCUUGCCAGGUGCAUUUUCCGCAUCAUGGAGUUCGCCCAGGGGCACAACGGGGAACUGGCAUCGAACGAGUUACUCAUAUACCUCUUCGACGCGCUCCCUAUGGCGGCGGUGCAGAUUCUUUUUCACGUCGUGCACGCGGGAGACGUCUUCAAUGACCAGGUCGGUUUCACUAAGUUUGACAACGAUACGGAACUAGCUCUCAACCAGGUCUGAGCUGAUCAAGGCGGAUGAAACGACUUUUCAUGUUGUCGCCUGGUUAGUGGUCAUACUCUACUUUGGUUGUUUCCUUGUUGGCGAAGGAAAAUGCAGUUGCGAGUCGUAUUGGACGCAGGCGAGAUGGAACUGCGUAUGUCUGAAGGGGUUGCUGUGCUCGGUCUAGCCUAG